AUGUUGUAGACCAUACAGAACACUGUGGGUUGCCAGCUUAUGACCUCAACUUUGGAGCCAAUGGGCAUAUUCCCCAGCUACUUUUAUGAGACCAGCUGAGACUCUGGUGGAAUGUUGAAAGAGUUGGGCACCAAAGCAUCAGAAGAUUAGAUUCCUGGCCUUUCUGCCACUUUUGGAAGAAAGUAAGCUAUCGUUUUAGGGCAAACCUUUGUUUUACAGAUGAGAGAGCCAAAGACUAGAGGAGGCAGGGAUUGUCCCCAGUCAUGCAAGUUAGUUGCUGCACUGGGACCAGACCCUAGGGAUGCCAGCUCCCAGCCCACUGCACCACAUGAACUACUGGUUCAAAACCAGGCUUUCCUGUCUGCCCAGGACACCAAACCUGGCUCCACCAGGAACAUAAAAAGUUUUCCACAAGUUGGAAAGAGAUGCCCUUUCUGACCAGAGUCAAAGUCCCCCUGACACCUGAUUAGCCCAACUUCCCCAUUGGUUCAUGGGAUCCACCCCCUUCAGGGUUCCUCCCCCUACCCUGCAACUCUGUGAGAGGGGUCGUUCCCUGAGAGGCCAAGGGUCACCACGGACCAUGACUGAGUCUAGCAAGCCCAUCCUCUAUUCCUAUUUCCGAAGCUCCUGCUCAUGGAGAGUUCGAAUAGCUCUGGCCUUGAAAAGCAUUGACUAUGAGAUGGUAACCGUCAACCUCAUAAAGGAUGGAGGGCAGCAGUUCUCUGAAGAAUUCCAGGCCCUGAAUCCCAUGAAGCAGGUGCCAGCCCUGAAGAUUGAUGGAAUCACUAUUGGCCAGUCACUGGCCAUCAUUGAGUACCUAGAAGAGACCCGGCCCACUCCGCGACUCCUGCCUCAGGACCCAAAGAAAAGGGCCCACGUGCGCAUGAUCUCUGACCUCAUUGCCAGCGGCAUCCAGCCCCUGCAGAACCUGUCUGUCCUGAAGCAAGUGGGACAGGAGAAGCAGCUGAGCUGGGCCCAGCAGGUCAUCAGUUCUGGAUUUAAUGCUCUGGAGCGGAUCCUGCAGAGCACAGCGGGGAAGUACUGUGUGGGAGACGAGGUGUCCAUGGCUGACCUGUGCUUAGUGCCUCAGGUGGCAAAUGCUGACAGGUACAAGGUGGAUCUCACGCCCUAUCCCACCAUCAGCCGCAUCAACAAGUCACUGCUGACCUUGGAGGCCUUCCAAGUGUCUCACCCCUGCCGGCAGCCGGAUACACCCCCCGAGCUGAGGGCCUAGUUGUCAAACUGCGCCCUGCUGGUGCAGGGGCAGGGAGGGGGUGCAGGAGCGGAAGCUGGGUGGGCUGAAUAGGCCUGGAAACAAGUGAGCCCUCCACUGGAGAGCCAGGAGACUUGAACUCCUAGCCCUUGAAUUUGAACUGUAGCCCUGAAUCUGCUUUCCCACCCAACCUUGCUCUGCCACAGCCCCCUCAUCUGUCAAGUAUGAGUGGGGUGGGGUGGGAGGAUGCCCGGACGGGGGUAGGCAGGAACAUUGCCUACUAUCUGUGUCACGGGGCAGUCGUGAAGAUGAAGUGAGUGCAGACAGAAAUGUCUGGCAAGUUUCCCAGGGAGCCAUAAGGAAGCACCUCUUCCCAUCCCCUCGACUGUACCCAACUCCAAAGAAUGCCCACUCUGAAAUUUGAUAAUUAAACUAAAGCCCAUGCCUCCAGGUUGUUCAGUUAAGGCUGAGCUGGGUUCCAGAAUAUGAACACUCUUCCUAGCUGGAAUCCCCCUGUGUCUGGAAGAGAGGGGAGGAAGUCAGCCAGCCACUUGCCCACCCUCUGGUUGGCCUGGGCCCUAGAACCUAAGGGCAAGGAAGAGAAAUAAUCCCAAAAGCCUGCCUGAGAGAAUCAGCCAAGACUCAGAAGAGAACAGGUAUGAGAAUCAGGAAAGAAAGCAUCCUUGACCAUCUGCAUUCCCUGGGCAAGGAAUAGUAAGUACCUAAGUUCCACUGCAGCACUAAGGGGGUCAUUGACCCUCUCAACCCAGUCCCUCAUCUUCAGGAGCAGCACUCUCCGGACCAGUCCCAGGAUUAGGUACUCAGGAUAAAUCCAGUCGUGGUUGGUCCUAGGAACUGGAGGCAGGCUCCUCUGUGGGCAGUGUGAACUGACCAGGCUGGCUUGGGAGACCAGCCAGGUGACAGUUUACCUUGGACUGCCCUGGAUGGGAGCAAGUUCCCAUGCCUGGCAGUGUUCAGCCAGAACCAGGGUCACCUCUUGGCAGAGGUAUUGUAAGGAGACUGGGGCCCCUUCUGGGAGUGAAAUAAGAUGAAUUUUCUGUCCCAUACCUGAGGUUUCAUUUCCCUGCAUGGCUGAGUUUAAACAAGGAAUGAAGAUAUAUGUCUGGUUCAAAUGGGAACCAUAUUCCUCAGCCAUGAGUCCCUUUUCUCUAGCCCCAGUCCCAGAGCAUUCAGUUCUCCCCUCUCAUCCUUGGCACAUGGGCUCCUCUGUGGCCUCUCCUCCUCUCUUAGAGGACCUAGGUUCCAGGCUCUAGAAAGACCAAAGUGGGCCACUGUUGUUCCCUAGGCGGCCGAGCCGGAGAGAAGCACAGGAUGGUAGAGGAGACGCAGCAGUGGUGAGGGAGACCGUGGGGCCUCCUGUCCUGCCCUGCUGCCAUCUGGACCCUUUCCUCAGAUUACUCCAGACGUGUCAGGCUGCAUAGGGCUCACCUGGGUUUUCUCCAAGAGACCUUUACUUGAGAUAAGAGACCAAUCUCUUUAGCUCAGGGAUCAGUAACGGUCACCUGACUUGGACUUUUGAAAUUGAAGGUGAUUAAAGAUCCUGUGGAUUUUAAAGAGUGAAUGAACACAGGAGGAAGGAGGGCAGCCCCCUACUUCAGGCCAUGCUCCUACACCUCCCAGGUAGUGUGCUCCCCGGCCCUAGAGGGACAGUGGGAUCAGCGGGCAGCAGCAGGCAAGCUGCAGGGGCUAGGUUUGGCCAGAUGGGGGUGCUGCCACCACUUUCCCAGUUAAGGAGGCAGCUGGCUCUGCCUCUCACCAACAGGUGCCUUUGGGAGCCCAAAUAAUCCAAAAUGAUUUCCAGCACUGCUGAGGUUACUAGGUCCCCCCACCCCUUCCUCCUCUCAAUCUCGUUUCCAGGCAACAGAGAAGCCCAAGAGACUUCUGGGAGGUGAGGGCACUAGAUAGACUCCACAUCUAGGACAAGGAACAUGUGCCUAGGUAACCUGAGACCACUCCCCAGCCCUGAAUGAUUCUGCAGGGAACUAGGUGUAAUGAGGGGGUGAACGGGGCUUCUUCCUAGAAGGAAACUAUCCGGUGGCUGUCCUGCUCCAGCCGGUGGUGGAUUUCCCACUUCCCUCCACACUGUCCGCCAGCCUGCGGCGAGCCCUCCCAGGGGACUCCCAUGGGCUGGCAGCUGGGGUGUGGCUGUGUGACUGGGGAUAUGGCAGACGUGGCCCCUACUCUUACUGAGUUUGUGUCCCUCCACUUAUUCCUGGAAAUUCACCUGGCCGUCUCGAACUCCACCACUCAACAUCGUGGGUCUGUUGCCUCUCUGCUUGUCUGUCUGAUCCGAGAUGAUGUCCAAGAGUUGACACGAUUCAAGUCUCCUCCUGAACAGUAUCCAAAUAUUAACGUGUCUAACCUGGGGCUCCACCAGCCAUCCUAAAAGUGGGAGCAAAAGCUGAAUGGAUUUUAGCCUCAUCUAAUGCAGAAAGUCAUUUUAAUAUUUUUCUCAUAGUUCCAGUCCUCUAGUUCAACAGUUUUCUGAUACGUGUCAAAUGUGAGGUGAAAACCAGCUUGGGGUGGGGGGUAGGGUACAGAGACAAACGCUGUGGCUUUUCCUCAGGGCUCAGCAGUCACCCUCGGAGUCUGUGACAUUUCUAAGGCCCUCCUUUGUCAUCUGGUUUCCCCCAAACCCUGAGAAACCUGCCCUUCCCAACAAAAGCAGAUGUGUCUAAGCCAGAGAAACUCACUCCAGGCUCCUUCGAGGUGACUCGCCUUGAAAGUGCUGGGUUCUUCAAGCACCCUCACAUCCACUCCCUGAGCCACCCUGAGCUGUGGCUGACUAACCUCUGUGGUUCUCAGUUGCCCUGGCUGGAGGAGAAUUGUAGCCCAUCUCCUUGUCUCAAGAUGUUUUUGUGAAGAUUUUUGCUUUUUAAAGCUAGACCCUAGGCCAUAGGAGCUCUCCACACAGUCUGUAGCAACAUAAGCUGGUCUCCAGGCUGGGGCUGGGAACCAUCCUUGCCACCUUCUUCACCUGGAACCAAGGAGAGGACCAACCCAGGACCAGCUCAGCUCUCAAGGGCCUGGAGUCUCCUCUCGGCUUCUGGGACCGAGGCAGUAGAGGUGGGGGGAACUGAGGAUAUGGAAUGGGGAGGGCAGCAGAGAGAAGGCAGGCCCUGGGGAGCCACAGCUCAGGAUCAGCUGAGGGAAGGAAAAGGAGUGUGUGUGUUGGCGGCAGGGGGUGGGGCAGGUGGUGUCAGUGGGUUCAGGAAGGACUAUGGCCUCACUGAAUAACCACAACUUGUGAGAGAGGAGAGCAGUCUGUGGGUCUCUAGGCCUGUGGUUUCACAUCAGAGAGGCUAUCGUGUGUUCCAGCCCUGAGCCUCCAUGGAGUCCAGGUCACCAACAUGGGCAGCUGUCCUGCUGCUCAGGAAUGUGGAGACCUGAGAGCUGGCCGGCUUCAGCCCCUCCCCAGAGAGAACCGUCCUCUGGGGACAUGGGGCCGGAUACAUGGGAGAGAAAAGAAGCCUCUUCUCUAUUCCCAGAGGAGCUUAGCUGGGCUCUAGAGAGGAAGAGAAUGCAGCAUUUCUACAUCUUCUUCCCUGAGAGCAGAGCUCCCUCAGGCUCCUCUGGGGCUUCACUCCUGACCUGCCUCUGUUGCCCCAGUACCAAGCAGGGUGACUAGCCCUGCUCCAUAAAUGCAUGUUAAAUCGAAAGUUGUCCUUCCUGUACAGCCGUAGCUGACUUACCCUCUCCCUCCUUGAAUGUCUCUCUCCUCUUCUGGGGACCUUGGAAGAUCAUGAAGGAGCAAAUAUUCCCCCAAGUGCAUAAAGUUUUCUCUAGAGGUCAGACUAAUGGCUUAGAGGCUUAGCAAUAAUUAAGCUUCUAUAAAGGGUUUUGAAAACUACUCCCUCUGUGACUCCCUCAAACCUGCAAAUAAAUUCUUACUUUUAGGGGUCAGGUGUAUCUCCCAAGCCAAAAACCAUCACCUGUUCAGGGGGUAUUUUCCAGGAGGGGUUUCUCCCCAAAGGCUGAGCGAAAGGUAAAAGUCAAGGCCUUCUUCACUGCAACAUCAGUUGUUAGAUCUGUGAAGAACAAUUUGCAGACACCUGAUCCUGAGAUGCUAGGGGCCACAGAGACACCCGAUCUUCCCACAGUGGGAGUGGCCACAGCGGAUGAAGAACAGAUAUUGGAGCGGCCUGAUGCUGGUAAUAGGAUGUGGAGGACCUUCCGAUUCUGUGGAAGUAGUCAGGCCUGGCAAAUACUUUAGAAGGAUGAAAGCAGGAAGGGGGUGCUGCCAGGAAGUAUCUUUGAGAACAAAGCAAAAUAUGUAUGACUUUGUUCGAAAGCAAUUUUACAAAACUGUUACGGAGAGUAGUAAACUUACUGGACAAGCAGUGGGAUAUACAUAUUCAUAAGUAUUCAUUCUAUGGGCCCCUCCUAACGUUUAAACAUAAUUCAUCUAGCUCUUAAAUCCAAGGUCAUAAGCAGGCAUCAUCCCACUUUGGGAGAAUAUCUGAACUAGGAUGGCUGCCGAGUGUGGCCAGAACCUCACGGGUUAAAGGACAUCAGGCUGAGUGUCAGGAGCUGCAGUGUGUGAGCGGCACACAUUUAUAUGAUCCUGAACUAUGUCAGGGUCAGUGAUGUGACAGAUAUGAGUGUCUCUGAAAAUUAGAAAAUAAUCUCCAAUAUGUUACAUGUUAGUGACACUCCAGGCAGCGUACUGAAACACACAACUGAUUAAUCCCUCGCUAUGUGCAGUCUGCCUGGGCUUUUCACUGUUCCUUGUGGUGUAGUUUGUGGGAAGAUUAUAUUCAUUUAACUCC